AUGGAAAACACUAAGCCAGGUCAUAUCUACUUCGCAUCGGAGUCAGUUGGAGAAGGUCAUCCAGAUAAACUAUGCGACCAAAUCUCAGACGCAGUCCUUGAUGAGUGCCUUAGAAUCGACCUCCACUGUAAAGUCGGUCUUGAAGCAGCAACCAAAACCAAACUUGUUUGUCUUCUUGGAGAAACAUUAGUCAAUGGAGAAAGAGUAAACUAUGAGCAAAUCGCUAGAGAGGUUUGCAAACAAGUUGGCUAUGAUGACGAGAGCAAGGGUCUCGACUACAAGUCAAUGAGUGUCCUCGUUAAUGUUGAGAGAUAAAGCAGUGAGAUCGCAAAUGCUGUACAUACUGAAAAAGACAUGGAUGAUUUUGGAGCAGGAGAUCAAGGUCUUAUGUUCGGGUAUGCCACUGAUGAAUGGGAUAAGGAAACUCUUCACCCAUACUCUCACUACCUUGCUAACCUUCUCUGUGAGGAGUUGGCCAAGGCUAGACACAGCGGCCAAAUCAAAUGGCUUAGACCAGAUUGCAAAUCAUAAGUUAUUGUUGAGUAUGAGAACAACAAUGGAAACAUCAAGCCAGUCUCUAUCUAUAACAUCCUCAUCUCCACUCAACAUGAUCCAGAUGUCACCAAUGAAGAGAUUGCCAGAGUUCUCACCGAGCAAAUUAUCAAGAAGGUUUGCCCAGCUGAGAUGCUCACCAACACCAAGAUCGUCAUUAAUCCUUCAGGCUCUUUCGUUAUGGGAGGUCCACAAGCCGAUUCAGGACUUACAGGUAGAAAGAUUAUUGUAGAUACUUAUGGUGGUUGGGCUCCACACGGAGGUGGUGCUUUCUCAGGAAAGGACCCCACCAAGGUCGAUAGAUCAGCUUCAUACUAUGCUAGAUAUGUUGCAAAAUCCGUAGUUGCUGCUGGUCUCGCCCACAGAUGCCUCGUUCAAGUAUCUUACGCUAUUGGAUUAGCUGAUCCCCUUUCAAUCCACGUUGAAUCAUAUAACACCGUCAGGGAAGGACUCAAUGAUGAUGACCUUAUCAGAAUUGUUAAGAAGAAUUUCAGCUUCAGACCUGGUAAUAUUAUCAAGGAGCUCAACCUUCUCAGACCAAUUUACUAGAAGACUGCUAAGUACGGACAUUUUGGAAGAAAUGAUCCAGACUUCACAUGGGAAAAGCCCAAGACUCUUAUCUUAGAGUGA